AUGGCUGAAGAUGUCUCUGAGCGUGUUGCCGGGGCUGAGCAUUCACGAAAGAACAGUUGGCAGAGUAAGACCCCUUCCUUACUAGGAUCAACUAAAGCACCAGCAAAGGGAUUCAUUGCUCUUUCUCCUAGUUACCGGGACUUUAUCACGAAUUUAAAUAAAGUUGUCAUUCCUAACAACAUACAAGAGGCAUUGGAAAUACCAGAAUGGAGAAAUGCUGUUAUGGAAGAAAUUAGAGCUUUAGAGAAGAAUGGAACAUGGGAGAUUGUUGAAAGGCCUAGAGGCAAGAAACUUCUUAGUUGCAAGUGGGUCUUCACUCCAAAGUAUAAGGCUGACAGCACACUUGACAAGCUGAAGGCACGCUUAGUAGCAAGAGGGUUCACCCAGACAUAUGGCAUAGACUACAAAGAGACUUUUGCGCCAGUGGCAAAACUGAACACUAUCAGAAUUCUAUUGGCUUGUGGCAGCCAACCUUGA